GAUUAAUCAAAACUGGAGAAUCACAUCGAGCAUGGAUCUCCGACCGAAGAUCUCUUUGGCUCUGCAGCGACGGGCCAGCAGCAGCAGCUCGUCGGCAUCCUCGGUGACGCGCAGCGUGCGCUCGUCCGAGGACGACAUCACGCUGAACGAAAUGAUGGGCAAAUUUGACGAAAGCUACGUGUACGAGAAAGAGACGGACAUCCUGUCGGACAGCGAUCCGACCGAUUGCGAGGACUACAUCGACUCCCUGUCGGACAUCGACACCGGUCAGGACGGCGGCGACGAGAACGAUCCGUUCGAGAACGACGAGCUCGACUACAUUGACAACGGCUCGUUUCUUGACCUGGACAGCCUCGAAUGCGAUGGCGCCGGCCACUUUCCCAAUACCGGUCACUGCACUUACUUCACCUUCACCAGUGAAUUGAACCGACGCGGCAGCAGACUCCGUGAAUCCUUCCUCAAACGCAGGAACAAGGACGAGAUCGUCUCUCAGAGAAACGUGAAUGCGAGGGCCAGCGCGAAGAGACAGAGCUCGCGGCACAGGAAAAUGGACGACAAGCAAAGCGAGAAGCGCAAGAAGAGGAUAUCGCAGCGGCGCAAACCUACCUUAGACAGAUGCGACGACGAGACGGCGAAUCUGAACCGGGUGCUCGUCGAGAGGAUGUUGCUGAAGAAUUCGGGAUUCAAUCAGGGUAGCAGAAGCGUAGGCGGUACGCCGAUGUGCUUACGACGUAGGAAGCACGACGUGAACAAGAAUCUCUCGCCGAUGAGAAUGAACGGCAAUACGUCGGCUCUGAGAUCCGCCGCGAUCGAGAACGAGAUCGUGAAGAGACGAUCGAACUCGGUGAGUUACGUGAACGGCAACAUAGUACGACGCCACGUGGCCGGUAACACGUACAUGACCACGUUCGCAUCGGAGAUCGCGCUGAUCGAGGCGGACAAGGAGGCCGAUCGCAAAUAUCGUGAGCUUAUCCUAGAGGCGGAAAACAUUCUGGUGAGCAUGCAGAAGUAUCAGAAUCCUUCGCCGUGUGUGCCAUCGCCGUCGCGUAAACUGCAUAACGGUCUGGCGAACAAGCGCGUCGAGCUUAUCAAGAACACGGAGCUGAACAUCGAACUGGCGCUGUCGAAGAGUCGCAAUUCCCAGCCGGAAUUGCAGAGCGGCAGUAUCCGUGAUCUAGAACACACGAGUCCUAAGCGGCAAUUCGCUCAGCCGUGUUCGCCAAUUCAUCGAUUUAUGGAGAGAAACUCGCCGGCCAAUUUCACGCCGAAGGAGCCUCCGCCUGUCUUCCGACAGCACGAGGUCUCCAAAUGUCCGGACUCGCCGGUGAUGAUGCGCAGAACGACGCCCCAGAGUUCACCUACCAGAAGCUUGAUGCACCAUCAGAUGCAUCGGACGCGUAAUGGCGAACCGGAAACCAGGGAGGGCAACAGAUCACCUCAAAUCGCUCUGAAUUGUAACGGCAGAAUAAAGCCGGAAACGGUGAAUGCGAACAAUUCCUUUGGGGAAAAGAUACACGCGAACGCGAUGACGCAAAGCUCUCUCGCCGGAGGUAGAAAGGAAUUUCGCGCCACGAGAGAAUUGACAAAGGAGGAGAGCGUAACGUCCAGCUCGUCGGAUUCCGAGGAGAAAUGCGACGUGAGACGAAGAGCUCCAUUGAUGACUUUCAGAUCAAUCGACAUGGGCCCCAUCAAGGAAGGUUCUUCCUACUGCCCGCAAAGCGAGCCGGUGAAAAGAAAAGUAUACGCCGGAAGCGCAACAUAUGGCAGAAUACAAAAGACAUUGGGCGAACAUGUUAUGCUCAGAAAUUCUGACGGUGAUACAGCAACCGAUGACACAGAUGACUCGCGAAGAUCCCUGAAGGAGAAAGUAGCGCAAUUACGGCAGGAACGACUGGCCGCCGAGGCGAACGCGAACAACAUUCAGGACUCGCAGUACUUCCAGCACCAGCUAUCCCAGUUACGACGACAGAUGCUGAUGCAGACGAUCGAGGGUCUAAAGCGCAGCCUCGAAGAUCAGUCGGCCACCUUGAAGCAGACUUGCUUGGAACCGUCAAGCCUGUUGACCGACGAGCUGCCUUGAAUCUGACGGGCUGAUGUUUCCGGUCUAUUGUACCACACACGAUCACAACUAAGCGUCUAUGACAUCGCCAUGUUCCUCCACAAGGGGAACAGUCUUGCCGGACAGAAUCGAAGUAACGAAUCCUGUCCUCAGCGAAUCUGCGAUUGGUCGAGCCGCUGCGCGUUGCGAACAGUAUUGAUUAAACGCGACGUUUAUACUUCAUGAUGCGCGUCGAAUACCGAAUUACGAUGACGCGAUCUUCCUCGGGCUCGACGAUACCAGGGUCGGAUGAGUGCGAGUGCGCACAUCAAAUCUCUAUUUUUCUGUCCGUCUACGUGAUAUGUGUGUGAGAGAGAUAAAGAGAGAGAGAGAGAGAGAAUGUGUGAGAAAGGAAGAGAAAGAGAGUCGAAUUUGAGUGUCGCGUAUCCUCGCUGGGCAUUGCUCCGUUCUAUUGUUCGUUUCGCGCAAUAAUUAACGUUUCUCACAAACUUUCCUUUUGUUAUUUUUAGUUUGCGACUUCGCGCGAGUAAGCCGACUUUUAUUUGUCGCUUUAGAUUAGCCUUUUCACUAGUUAGACUCUCAUCAUUCGAUCUAUCAUCGCGGUGCUCGCUCUGAAAUUUCUUGCUGAAAUGACGGCAGACGAAAAAAAUUCUUACAGAUCGUCGAAUUACGUUAGAUUAAUCCUAAAACGCUAAUGUGGAGUUAUUAAUAACUGAUAUAUUACCAAGUAGUCAUAGUAGAAUAAUUAAUAUUAUUAAUCACUAUCACUAUAUUAAUAUCACCAUAUUUAACAUUUUUUCAAAUAUAUAGUGUAAAAAGUAAUAUCAAUCAUUAUAGUAUGUUAAUGAUUAGUAUUGUUAUUACGAAAUUUGCAAUAGGAACCGAGGAGAAUGAUAAGACGCACUAGUUUGAGAUUGUACGAGGCCCUGAUAGAAUCCCCGUUAGCGUUCUAGGAUUGAGACUACUCAACAUCUAUCGGGCCUAUUCACGGGUGUCUGUCUUUGAUAUGCUUUAGAAGAAACAAGGAAACAUAGCGAAAAAAUCGUAGAAAGAAAUUGUCAAAAGUGAUGAAUGACAAUGAGUAAUCCAACAGUAUCAAAAGGCGUAGAUAUUUAGCAUGUACCCAUCUAAUGGAUUUUUAGAAAAUCACGGAUUUAGCCGAAUACACUAGCAGAUAGGCUAUUCAAAACUUAUAUAAUCGAUUUAGACAUUAGAAGGACAUUAAACGUGCCCAAGGAAUACGGCCCAGCUCUUGAUCAAGAGAUGGUUGGGGAAGGAUAACGCCAAUUGACACGGUGACGCUGAGAUGUGUUGACCGUUUGAGCCUCAUCAAGAUAAAUAAAACCUACAUAUGUAAACAAGAUGUAUGCUUAAUCGCCUCUAUGGAUAUAACUAUAAUUUUUAUAAGUACUUCGUAAAGAAUAAAAACUGAGGCCGAAAGGGUUAAAUAGAUACGUACAAGCGGAUACGUACAAGUCGUACACAGGAAUGCGUAUUAAUAAUGCAGAUAAUAAUAGAGAUGAAAAAGUGUAUCACAAAUAAUGUAGAUGCGAGGCAAAGGCUUUCCUUCCCCAGUGCUCUCGAUCCUUCCAACUUGAUCUGUUGCAGAAUAUUGAUACUUACAGCAUGUGUACCUUUUCCCGCUAUGAAGUAAAUUGAACGCGAUGCGAGAAUUGUAAAACAGAACUUUCCACGUCCAGUGGAGGAAACUAUAUACUUUAUUUCUCGCUCGUGUUCAAUUCCUCAUCUGCAAACGCCACUUAUUUUUCACACGGAGAACGAGAACUACUGAUGAUCUCGUUUCUCAACGUGAAACAUAAUGGGGACGCCAUAACCAGCUAGCUUGCACAUACUACUUGUAAUGUUCCUAUUGCCACAUGCGAUAUUCGUAUCUCCAGAAGCGAGAUCUAUCUUUCCCGCGAACAAUCACCUCUAUUUCUGAAUAAAGUAAGCAUCCCCCAGAUUAGUACACCAAAGACGAUAGCUUAGCUAGAUAGUAGACUAGAGCCGUUUAACCGAUCAAAAAAAAAAAAAACGCACAGCGAUGCAUAUUCAUAAUAUUAGAGGAUCAUGGUCAAGACGUUUUUAGAAAUCCUCAAUUUGCUAGUAGAAUAAUUGUUCGAGUUACGUCAAGCGGAUUACAAAUCUUCCAUGUGAGCCAGAGUCGAAUACUUUAUUCCAACAUAUUCGCAACAAAUUUACGUAGUUUUUGUACUUUUCUAAGUUACAUUUUUAAGCGAUUCAUAAAGACAAGUUAGAGUUGAUUUUAUAUCUAUAUUAAAAGGAGUAUAUUUGUUUUAAAAAACAUUCUUUUGGGAGAGUUUACGUUAUUUAUUUAUUUAUUGAAUUUUGAUAGAUUUUGAUAAUUUUGGACUCUGGUUGUGUCGUCGACACGGUAUGUUCGGUCAUAGUGAUAUUUUUGUGAGAAUAGACUGAUAGCGUUAUCGAUUGUUAGAUUAAAAGUUUUUAGCGGUUAUUUACAUGUGAUUCAAAAUACGUUAAAGAUUGUCCGAGAAACGGCGGAUUGUAAUACGCACGCGAUAUAUUUAUUUGUGUUAGAUAUUAGGAAGCAUAGUAAACGAAAGCAUUAGACAAAUAUAGCGUAGCGUUAGUGCAUUAGGCAAUCGUCAAGUAAACGAAGUCACACGUUAUUUCUUCCUCUCUUCGUUUCUUUCGAAUCGCGUUUGUGAUUUAUAUUAUCAUAAAUAUCGUCUUUAUACAACUUCCUUUCGAACAUGGUGAUUCUUCCGUUUGUAGCUUAUUGUGGAGACAGACUGCGAGAGAGUUACCUCAAUCGUAAUCUUUGCGCGAUACGCUCGAGUAUCGUUAAGUGGGAUGUUGUUCGAGAGUUUUAUACGUGAAAAAAAAAGACACUGUAUAUAACAUAAUUUUUUAACCGAGGAAUAUUUUAAUUUUUUAUAAUCGUAAGACACUGAUCAGUGCGUCGUUGUCAUAAGUUCGAUGAUUUUUAUGCGACCGCAUCGACAUUCCAAGAAGUGCAGUUUGCGUCUGGUGAACGGAAAAGAUAGAGAAAAGUUGCGUUCGGAUCGAUCCACGUGAAUCGGUACGCCUCAUGGCAUUUCGAGCAUCACCCUUGCCGAAAAAAAAAAA